CGACAGGUGGGAGCCUGUGCUCGUCGGUGGCACUCGGGGACAAGCGGUGCACGGCGGCUGACUAGCUUCCGCAGUUCCAGGUGAGCGGUCCGGCCCGGCCCGCGCCUGGGCGUGUCCGGGGGGCGGGUCUCGGUUUAGACCCGCCCACCAGAGGGCCCUGUCGCGCCGCUGCGGCUCCGCCCCCCUCCUUCCGUCAUCCGCUUCUUCCGUCGGUGGUUUCUUCCUUCCUGCCUUGUCCCGCACCUUUCGCGACAUGGGGAAGAGCUUCCAUUUCGCCAGCGCCACCUGAGGAUUUCCUGGAGCCGCCCCACCCCUUACCUCCCCGCGAUGGAAGACGAUCAGGAGCUGGAGAGAAAAAUAUCAGGAUUGAAGACCUCAAUGGCUGAAGGCGAGAGGAAGACAGCCCUGGAAAUGGUCCAGGCAGCUGGAACAGAUAGACAGUGUGUGACAUUUGUCCUGCACGAGGAGGACCAUACACUAGGAAACUGUCUGCGGUACAUAAUCAUGAAGAACCCGGAAGUGGAAUUUUGUGGUUACACUACGACCCAUCCUUCAGAGAGCAAAAUUAACUUGCGAAUUCAGACCCGGGGUGCCCUUCCAGCUGUUGAGCCGUUUCAGAAAGGCCUGAAUGAGCUCUUGAAUGUCUGCCAGCAUGUGCUUGUCAAGUUUGAGGCCAGCAUAAAGGACUAUAAAGCUAAGAAGGCAAGCAAAAAGGGACCCACAUUCUAGUCCCUCGUGCAGGGUACAAGCAGGACUACCCUCAGGACGGUGCAGAAUCCAGAAUUUGUGAUUGCAGCAUGUUCUGUCCUGUAGGAAAAUGUGGCUCUAGCUAUUGACCCAUUACAGCUGUUGGAAUCUCUGCAAGUAUAUUUGCCUAAUAAAUUCUCUCUUUUGUUUAAACUAG